CUUUAAUCAAUUAUUUUAAACCGAUUUUCGUUGAUACAGUUUUACGCAAGCGAUUGUUAUAGGUAAUACAAUUGUCUGAAAUGACUUUAUUAAAUCCACUGUUGACCGACCAUGCGCGACUUAAUUGAUGUCUGAAAAAUUAAAGCGAAUUUCAGUUGUCACUAUCAGACUUGUUCCGCAUAUCAGCAAACGUGUUUUCAAGGUCUGAUACAAACUUAAACGCUCAGUCACCAUGUCAAAGACACACCUUUUCUGGCUCCUACCUUUUGUGGUCCACAUUUGUGCCCAACAACCCGUCGUGCAAACACCACUAGGAUCUAUAAAGGGCUCGUUUCGAAAAUCCAUUCAAAACCGCACGUUCUCGUCCUUCGAGGGCAUACCAUACGCCAAACCCCCCAUCGGUGACCUACGAUUUGAACCUCCUGAACCCAGAGAACCAUGGAACGGAAUCUGGGGCGCCAACCAUCCCAGUUUUUGUGCCCAAACUAACACUUUUAACUCAGACAUCAACGGAGAUGAGGACUGUCUCCACGUUAACGUUUACGUUCCUCGUGAAAACCCCAACCCCGACGACAAGCUAGACGUCAUGGUGCACAUCCACGGAGGCGCCUAUAUGUACGCUAGUGGUCAAUUUUUCGCCAAUCCGGUGGUCUUGAUGGACAAAGAACUCGUUUUGGUUAGCUUGAACUACCGUUUAGGGAUUUUGGGUUUCUUGAGUACUGAAGACGACGUGGUUUCUGGUAACAAUGGGUUGAAAGACCAAGUGUUGGCUCUGAAGUGGGUUCAGGACAAUAUAGCGAGUUUUGGGGGUAACCCUGAGUCGGUGACCAUACAUGGAAUAUCAGCAGGGGGUGGAAGCGUGCAUUUCCAUUACUUAUCUGAGAUGUCGAAAGGGUUGUUCCAUAAAGGGUAUUCCCAGAGCGGGGUAGCGGCGAAUACGUUUUCAAUUCAAGAGGGAGCGUUAGAGAAAGCAAAAAUUUUGGCGGACGCUGUGGGAUGUCCGGUUUCAGACACGACAAUCUUGGUUAAGUGUUUGAAACAAAGACACCACAGGCAGCUUCUUAGUCAAAUGGGGCUAUUUUUUGGGUAUUCUACAAUCCCGAUUUCUCCCUUCGCGCCUGUUGUGGAAAAAGGGUCGAACCCGUUUUUGAAAGAACACCCAUACGAGUUAUUGAAAAAAGGAAAAGUCAACGAUUUGCCGUGGAUUAGUUCGAAUGUGGCUGAUGAAGGCCACUUGCUCGAUAUGUUCCUUCCGAAAGAUGUUUUCGAUUUUAACACUGACUGGCAACGGUUUGGACCAAUUCUUCUGGAUUUCAACUACACCAUCGGCAGUUCUUUAUGGUCGAGUACGUGGGAACGGAUUAAAAAUUUCUACUUUGACGACAAAGCAAUUAAUGCCGAAAAUUUUGACAUUCUGUGUAACAUGUAUGGAGACAGGACUUUCACAGUAGACGGGCAAAAUGUUGCUAGAAUUCAAGCAAGCGUUACAAAAUCGCCAGUGUAUUACUACUACUUUAGGUACAAAAAGGAAGACGAUAAGUAUGUGAGUCAUGGUGUCGACGCUAAAUAUUUAUUUGGACCUACUAUCUUAGCUCCAGACGCUUUAACUGAAGAUGAAUUACUUUUGAGGAAUAUUUUCUUAGACAUAUUCAUUUCUUUUGCAAAAACGGGAACACCGAGCAUCCCAGGAGUCGAGUGGAAGCCCACCAAAGACGAUAAAUUGACUUACCUUGACAUCAAAGGUCCAAGAACAGAAGACAUUACUUUAAAAGAAGUCGACGAACUGGCUCCCCUCAAAUUUUGGCAAUUUUUGGAAAAGUUGGAACAGAGCGCCAGAAUCGAUUUGUAAACUCUAAAAGUCAAGCAUGAAUUGCAUAAUAUAUUUUGUAUCGAUAACAAGUGUGAAGUUGUAAUUACUCGUAUCUAUAAAGUAAACAAACAGAUUUUUCCUUA